AGAGCGCUAGCGACCUGCGGUAGUAGCGAACGGUCGAAAGCCAUGAUCUAGACUGACGUCGAUCAGUUCCAGUGACUAACUACAUGAUUAUUGUACUUCAUUAUUUAGAACGUUUGUGCGCAGACUAGAUAUCCCCAUCACUAGUCGCCAUCCUCAGUUGGUUUCGUCGCUCACUACGCUCGGCAUUUCCUUUGUGGUUGACCAAAUCGAACUACUCCUGGCUAGAAAUAUCUAGUUUUUGAAUGAAAUGAUCAAUGCGAUCAAUCGCUGGCUACAGGGCGGAUAGGUACCAGCCCACACGACAGUUCUCGCGAUCGUGGAUCUACGCGCUGCACUGAAAUCACAAGAUUCGAAGAGCCCACUGCCUAGACUAGAGCAGUAGAGGUGUCCCGUCGUAACCAAUAAAUCACAAGAGGACACACAAUGGCAGAAGCUGACGGAGCGGCCGGCGCGGAGGCAGCGCAGACUGCGGACGACAAGGUGAAGAUCAUCUUGCUGGGCGACAGCGCCGUGGGAAAGUCUAAGCUGAUGGAACGCUUCUUGCUGGACGGCUACAAGCCCCAGCAGAUGUCCACGUACGCCCUGACUCUUUACCACUACGAUGGUGAGGUGGAUGGUAAACAAGUCAAUGUGGACUUCUGGGACACGGCCGGACAGGAGCGAUUUCAAACCAUGCAUCCAUCCUACUAUCACCAGGCAGAAGCAUGCGUACUGGUCUUCGAUGCGCAGCGCAAGGUCACCUACAAAAAUCUCGAUAGCUGGUACAAAGAACUGCGCCAGUACCGGCCCAAGAUUCCCUGCAUCGUCGUGGCGAACAAGAUCGACGCGGACAAGUCUGUCACACAGCGAUCAUUCAACUUCCCGAAGAAGUACAAGCUUCCGUUCUUCUUUGUGUCUGCAGCAAACGGCACCAACGUCGUGCGUAUCUUCAAGGAAGCGAUACAGGCUGCAUACGCGUACAAGGCCAACAGCACGGAUGUCAUGGAUCAAAUGCUGAGGGAAAUGGAAGCAUUUGCAGCGGAAGGCGGUGACUUUGAAUACGACGAAGUGGAGUAGUGAAAACAGUGACAUAAUGGAUGAUGUCAUAGCGUACAAUAGGUGAUGUAGUGCAACCAGAUCAUGUGAUCCACAGACUAACGUAUUCUAUAUAAUUUAUUGCGUCAUUGACUUAUGUACAGUACUUGUUGCAAGCCAUUCUAGCCGUCGUCUUGGUGCUGGUAUGUUCGUGUGUAUGGACCUCCUAAGACUUGAACAGACGAUGCCAAGGCAUAAGUAUUCGAAGUGCGUCCAUGA